UUAGGACAUAUAAACUCUCUUUUUAUAGUAUUUUAUGGAGCUUUCUGAAAAUACUGUUAUGUACUGGUCUUUAUCUUUCUCUCUGUCUCUUUCUGUGCGUUGUUGUGUGCGCGCUUGUGGAGAAAAGAAAUGGAGUUCACGGCCGAUCAGCUGAAGCAAUACGACGGUUCAGAUCCGUCCAAGCCGAUAUACAUGGCGGUUAAGGAGCGCGUCUUUGAUGUCACCAACGGCAGGUCCUUCUACGGUCCCGGUGGCCCCUACGUCAUGUUCGCCGGCAAUAACGCGACUCGAGCUCUAGCCAAGAUGUCCAAGAAUGAAGAAGACAUCUGCGCCUCUCUGGACGGCCUCUCAGAAAAAGAGAUUGGCGUGCUCAACGACUGGGAGAAGAAAUUCGAAGCUAAGUAUCCUGUUGUUGGUCGCUUUGUCUCUUGAUUAUCUAUCUAAUUAUAAUUAUAAUUAUACUUAUAAUUAUUAGCAUGAAUGGGCUUUUAAUGUGUCUGGGUUUUUCUGUGUUUGUUGAAAUUCGAGUUCUAUGUCGAGAAUAAUGUGCUGUGGAUUGUGGGUUGGAUGGGUUGUGUAUGGUUCAGAAAGCAUAAAUGAAUGAACGAUUGGGAGGUUUUAUGAA